AUGCCCGGCGAAGAGGACAGAAACCCGGCCGACCCUGCGGCCCCUGCGGCCCCUGCGGCCCCUGCGGCCCCUGCGGCCCCUGCGGCCUUCCCAAGCUCGCCGUCACAGAAGUCGUCGCUGUCGUACAGCAGCCGUGGCAUCCCCUCUGCCAGCCAAACACGAGCUGCUGAACGCUCUCCUCGUAGCCCCUCGAGCCCUGCCACCUCCAGGUCGCCCACAUCUCCAAAGAAGCUACCCUUCAAACCGUCAAGCCCAUGUCCCAGGCUGAUCACAAAGCAUCCUCCAUCAGGAUUUGACUUGAGACCACCAGCUGCAGCCGCUGCACUCGGGGCCCUAAAGACAUCGCCAAUGGAGGUGCACCAGGUGCACCUCCAAUACUUCGAGCGGAGAAAUGCCACGACUUCCAGCCCCUCCCAAGCAUCGCAAGUCGAAUAGGGGGCACUGGCGGCAGUUACGGUGGAGCAACUGGCAUCAACUGGCCACUUAGUUCGGAUUAACGUUACAUUCUGAAAGAUUCUGUAAUCUGAAAAGUGAGAUGAGAUCGUGAACAGCACGCUUCGUAAAAUUUCAUGACCAUGUGCUUCGGCUUGAGCCCGCGACUCCGCGACUUGCGUCUUGGACACAACGCCUUGCCAUGUGCAGAAAGAAUCCAGUUGCCCGCAAAAACAGCCAGGUGGAGGAGCUUAGUCAUAGUCAACAGCACCUGCUGUGUUUGACCAUGGUGGAACACAAGGGAACUACAGCUAUUGCUAUCGCUGAGAAAUCCAUUGACCAUGGAUCAGAAUGGGACGGAAGCCGCUGGAAAGUCUGUCACAGAUUGUCGCUGCAGAGGGUGGAAGUUUUGGGCUGCAUUUCGAGAUUGUUCGUGUGGAAGAUUCUGGGCCGUUGGCCAUGAGCACCAUCAGCACAAAAA